CUUGUGCUGGCGAUGUGCUCGCCACCCCUCGCUUUUGCACCACGCCUCGCCUGUGUCCCCAGCCAUCCCGACAGCCCUCGGCCAAGGCCUGCCCUUACAUCUCGCAAGCCUGCGUCUCCUGCCGACCAUUCUGCAGACCCUCCCGGUGCUGCUUGUUCCUCAUCGGCCGCCGCUGCUGCCGCCUCUGCUGUCUCACGUCCGCCCACUUCUCGCCUAGUCGCCAGCCAUGUACUUUGGAUCAAAGCCACAGCCAGCCGACCCGUUGACGGCCGAAGAUCCCGCAGCCCGGAGCCUGAGGAUCAAGUCGCUCUUCAGCAAGCUCGACACCCGAAGGUCCGGCCGUAUCGAUCGAUCCGAUCUCGUCCACACCUUCCGGCAGCUUUCCUCGACACAUCGCAUUCAAACCGGUGGCAAUCGCCUGGCUUCAGGUCCCUCGCCAGUAUCACCAGCGUCACCAGCACCACCAGUACCACCGGUAUCGCCCAACAGCACGGUCGAGUCGGCUCCCUUUGAGCUCUAUGCGGACGAGCUAAUUGCGCUCUGCGACCAAACCAAGAACGGCUCUAUCGGUCUGGCCGAAUUCACCAAGUUCGUGGAGAGGAAAGAGCUGGAGCUGUGGGGCCUAUUCAAGCAGAUCGACACAUCCCAAGAUCACAUCAUUCAGCCCUAUGAGCUGAAGAAAGCGCUCCAUGCUUCGGGGAUAUGCGUGACGGACGAUGAACUGGAUGUGUUCAUAUCGCACAUCGACAAGAAUCGAGAUGGUGUGAUCGACUUUGACGACUGGAGGAACUUUUUGAUCCUGCUGCCUCACCACCCAACCCUGGACAACAUCUUCAGUUACUACAUCAACAUGUUCGAUGUCGACUUCAACACCGACUCGGACGUGAGCUUCCCGCAAUGCCAUGAUGAGAGCCAGACAAUCGCCAACCGCCUCAAGUACUUCCUCGCCGGUGGCAUCGCCGGCGCAGUGAGCCGGACGGCCACGGCGCCUCUGGAUCGGCUCAAGGUGCUGCUCAUGACACGAACAAAGCCCGACGCUCCCAAAGGGCACAUCAUCGACGGCAUGAUCAAAAUCUAUCGAGACGGUGGCCUGGUCUCGUUCUAUCGCGGCAACGGCCUGAAUGUUCUCAAGAUCUUCCCGGAGAGCGCUUUCAAGUUCUUUGUCUUUGAAUAUGCCAAGGGCUGGAUCUCGCACCUCCAGGGCCACGACCGCAAGGAUGAAAUCGGCAUCCUUGGUCGCUUUGUUGCCGGUGGACUCGGUGGGCUGGUUUCGCAGUUCGCCAUUUAUCCCCUCGAGCUCCUCAAGACGCGGAUGAUGGCACAGAUAUCGCACGGGGUUGAGACCACGGCAUCCCAAGCUGCGUCUGCCGCACAUGUCGCGCCGCCGCCGAAACGGAUCGGGGCCGUCGCCAUGACCCGGCAAAUGUGGAACGAGGGAGGCAUCAAGCUCUUCUACCGCGGCUGCAUCCCCUCGCUGAUUGGCAUUGUUCCGUACGCUGGCAUCGAUCUCUGCGUGUUCGAGACCCUCAAGAUGGGAUACACACACUACCUGAGAAACCUUCCAGGAUCGACAGGCGAGGAGCGACCCAGCAUGGUCUCGAUUCUGGUCUUUGGAAUGGUCAGCGGCAGCUGUGGCGCCGUCGUGAUGUAUCCGCUCUCGGUCAUCCGGACACGCCUGCAAGCGCAAGGCACACCCUCGCAUCCGCAGCGGUACACAGGCGCCUUUGAUGCCGUGCGAUAUACCUAUAGAAACGAGGGUGUCCGUGGAUUCUACAAAGGACUUGUUCCAACGCUCCUGAAGGUCGUGCCUGCGGUGUCAAUAAGUUACCUGGUCUAUGAACGCUCCAAGGUUGCUUUGGGCGUUGCAUAGCCGCGCCGCAAACAUCCAUCGGGCUCACCGCUCGGCCAGCCAUCACGAUCCUCGCUCCUCGUGUGCGGCUCGGCUUUCUCAAUGUUCCCUACCUCCCUCCCUCUCGCGCUCUACUGCCCACUGUUUGCUCUCGACAUUCUCCCCGCCCUCCAGCCCUACAUCCGGCCCUAUCUUUGGGCAACACCUUGGUUAUGCGCCCUGGCCAGCUACAUAGCACCAAUAUAGCAGUCCUUACCGAAAAUGGACC